UAGAUGGCUGACGGAUGAUGAUGGUUGAGAGAGCGAGCGAGCGGGCCAUAGAAAAUUAUCGCAUAGCGCACACCACACACACCACACACAACACUUUCAAGUACAACGCCACAAAGCAAGCAGCAAGCAACUGCCGGAGGGGCCGAAGAAAUAAGCAGCCGCCUCACGCCGCAUAUUACAAUUAAUUAAAACCAAAAAAAUUCAAAUUAAAAUAAAUUAAAUUAAAUCAAUAAAAUCAUUAAUAAAAUUGCAAUUAAAAACACUAGUUUUAUUUAAUUAAAUUUAAAUAAAAUCUUAGUGCUUUUCAAUUACAUAAAAACGCUACGUUACAACCAACUACAACAAAUACAACAACAAUAAUAAACAACCACAAAAUCGCAAUUGACGUACAUAGAUGCAAAAACAACGUGUAGCGGAAGUUGACCAAAUACAAAAUUUUCUUUUGCUUAUUUCAACGCGCGACUGAAAUUUGAAAAAAGAGAAGAGAAAAAACUGUUGUAUUAAAUCAUCAGUAAAAAUAGAAAAUCAACACAACACGCAUCAGAUCACAAACAACAAAUACAAUAGCCGCAACUCAUAAUUAAUAUGUACGAAAAAACAUUAACAAUAGGAACUGCAAAAGUUAAUAAUGCAUAUGUGUGGCAAAAAGUGAGUUACAACAACAAAAAUCAAGCCACAGCGGCAACAACAACAUCAGCAUCGACAGUCAAGUCUAAGCAAAAGCAACAUAACAACAACAACAAGACAGUAUCAAGCAGUGCAAAAAAUGCAAGCAAAACGCAUAAUGAACAUUCAAAAACGACUGUAACAACAAAAUCAGCUGUAGUAGCAAACACAACACAAACAGCUACGAUUGCGGCUUCGUUAAAGCCGGCAACGCAGACGACGCUUUUCAAAAAGUUCGUUGGCAACGCGGCUAGGCGGCAGACGCUUGCACAUCAAAUAAAACGUGCACACCGCCAUCUAUUGACCAGCGGCGGAAACGAUAAGCAGCCACAAAAACCAACUACGCGUAAUAAUAAACAAAGAACAGGUAGCAGCGCAGCAGCUGCUGCAGGACAGCAGACAAAAACAACAAAACCUCAACAGCAGCAGCGUAAUAAACGCAUGCUAAAUGCAAAUAAACAUUUGUGUUGCUCAAAAAGUGAUAAUCAAAAGCAUAAGCUAAAUAAAAAGCAACAAAGUAAGCGUGGCAAAAACAACAACAACAACAACGCAGCUGACGACGCCAAAUCAGAGCUUUCAUCACGUUGGGGCUCAAUCGAGGAGCAGCUGAAUGUGCUCGACAAUCUGCUCCACUACGAUGAGGAGGCCGAAUUGUAUAUAGCGCAACUCUACGACAGAUAUCAACAGCUACAGAUAGAGAAUAAGACCACCUCGCUUGUGGAUAGCGACAGCGACUCAGAGAUUUGGAGCUGGAGCGAUUACGACUACGAUUUGGAGCUGAACAUGUCGAACAACAACAGCAACGAUGACGACGCCCUGUCCAGCACCAGUGGAGCGGGCAGUCAUAGCACCAACAAUUCCAUCGCAUCACCAUCUUCGCUGGUGCCGUCCUCCUUAAAGCGUCGCGGUCACCAGCAUCAUCCGCGCUUUGCGGGCACACGACGUCCCCAAGUGCCCAAUGUCCAGGAGAUACUGGCCGCUCUCUACCGCGGCGAUUCCAAAGGUGUGCUCUCCAAUCUGCGUGGCGAGCCGACAGAUCCCGAGCCAGAACCAGAUCGCAGCACUUUAAGUUUACCUUUAACUGAAUCGGUGACAAAUUCGCUGGGCAGCAAUAGUCCAACACCCACGGAUGAGAGCAGUAUGCUGGACGAUGCCAACACCACAACAAAGUCUGCUUCUGCAGCUGCUGGCGAGGAACAGGCUGUGCCUACGGCCAAAAAGAAGAAAAAACGUGACAAAGGUGAAAAAUCUGAGAAAUCCGAGCGUAAAAAGAAAUCAUCAUCAUCGUCCACAACUGGGAAACGAGAGCGCAGCAAGCGUUCCAGUGGCAAUGCCUCCAUCAUGGAAUUAAGCAGCGACAGCAUGGCCACCGACCUCAGUGCGGGCGCAAUCGAUGAGGGCAUCGUACUCAACCCAGAGGACGAGGACACCCAGACAGCGGAAUGGUCCAAGCUGCGUUGUACCAGCGAGGCAGCUGAGAUUGUGGCAGAGCGAGAGGCACGUAGGAAUAAAGGACGUUGUGCGGACUAUCCGGGUUUGGCCUUUGGACGCUCCAUCUUCAGUUCGGACACGAUGAUGAAGUUCAACAUCAUUCGCAACGAGCUGCACAACAUCAUGAAUACGCAACUCAAGCGGCCACCUUUGCCGUCGUAUCAGCGUUUUAGCCAAUUUAACAACAACGACAAAAAAGAGUAACAAAAAGUUUGGUUAGGUUCUUGUACUGUAUUCUUUCUAUUCUGUCUAUGACUGCUCCAAUUUUUUGUUGUUGUCUGCUCUUUUUAUUUUCCUUUUCGCACACUCAUAAAUACAUUGUACGCAAGUGUAUAUGUAUGUUUGUGUGCUUUGCACAUUGCAAAGCGAUUACGUCGUCGCUGUUUUCGUCUUCGCUGCUUUCUUUGCGAAUUCUGUUGCUGCCUUAACCCUUUGAUGGCCCGUUGUUGUACUUAUCUUGUCAUUGCAAUAGUUUCAGCGACUUAUGGAAAUCUUGACCCAAUUGACACACACAUUUGUACUAAAGUUUUAGUUGCCGUUAGCUGAUGUGAAGGUUCGUUUAGUUCUCUUACGACGUGUUAAACUCGCACACACACACACACUCUUAAGAUAAAUGUUGGCUUUCUUAUUGCUCAGCACAAAACUAUUUCCAAGUGCUUAUCCCCACCAGUAAAACACACAUCACAUCACUGUAUUUAUUUAAUUGCCGGCAAUUGUUUAAUUAGUUACGCAAUUGCGCUUUCUGCAUUCAGCAUUCGGCACAUUCUUGACCGGUUAAUUGCUAUCGCUAUCUCAUGCGCACCUGUUGCUUUUGGUUUAGUGUGGGCGUCUCUCUCCCUUUCGUUUUAUGUCUUCUGUUCUAAGACGGCGCCCAAAAAGGCAGGGGAUAACAAAACAAAAACAGACUAUAAUUAUCAAUGUUAGUACACACCCCCGAUCUCACUCGCACUUACACACACACACGUAUAGAAAGAGUCUUAAUCAUUUUAGUUGUAGAAAAUGUCCAUAAAUAGCAACAGUUGGCUUACAGCAGCUUAAUGCUAAAAACGUUUUCGACCAAAAACGUAUUUCUUUUUGAACUUGGCUCGCCGAUUUGACGCGUCGCCGCAGCACCAGCACCAUUCAAUUAUUAUUUAUAUUAAAUUAAAUGUAAUUCUCGCUGCAGCACACGUUCUCAGCAUAUAAAAUGUACGUGUUGUUGUUAUUCUCGCAGCCAAUGACCUUCGUACAUACUUACGUGUGUAUGUACAAAAUAAGUGCUACCCCCCACUUUGGUGUUGUGUAUAUGCACCAUAAAUGUGUGUGGUAGUGACACUGACUGACGUUUACUUUUAAUUUCUUUUCAAUGCCGCAUGCCUAAAAAUGGGCAAUCGUGCUCGUUUAAUUGAAAUUGUCCAUCGGCGCAUCGGCAAUAUUUUCUGUAUUAUCAACAAUUAUGUCAUUUGUGUCGAAUACAACAAAAUUAUCGCUUUAGCACUUGUUGCGCGCUCUCCUAUCUACCUAUCGGUCUAUCGGUAUCGAGGUUUAUUUGGCAAUCGCAACCUGUCACAUACAACAGGAUCAUGGAAAGCAUAACAAACACCAACACCACCUGCUGUAAACACACACAGCCACAUGCAAUAGACAUAGCGUAGCAGCGACAACUAAUUAGUCAUUGUUGCUGCUCCUGCUGCUUGCGUGUUGAUAAGCCUGAUAAAGCACCGGCGUUAUAUGCUGUAUUAUACAAUUAUCGUGUGAGCAGGGGUAGGUGCGAAAGAGAAGUUGCAGGUUUAUAAGUUAAAGACACACACACUAGUAGAGAUACUUUGCCGAUAGUCGAUGACAGACCGCUUACUCAUUUGCUCUGGCCAAAUGGGCAAUUGACCAGUCGUUGUUGUCGCUCGCAAUUUUGCAUAAUAUUAUUUGGCAUUGUGGGGAGAAAAAAAGCAAAAAUCUCAAAUAUUUCUUCACUAAUUAAUGCAAAAAACAACAACAAACAUGGACUGAAAUUUUAGCGGCUUUAACAGGUUUUCCAGCGGGAAAGCCGCCGCAUAUACGCACACAUGCUAGCGCACUCGCACUCACACAUACGUGACGGGCUGAGCAACGACACGACACAUAGGCGAGGCACUGGCCAACGACUGGAAAGUCACACGAACGACUGAGCGAACGAGCACAGCCGUUGUCUCUUUCGCACGUCGUAUACUAAACCACCACUGCCGCUUCGUUCGCGUAGACAUGAGCAUGCAAAGUGUUUCAGUGGUUCAUUUCCAGUUACGUACUCACAAAUGUCAGUCGCAGACUCGCGUCGUUUUAUCGUCUUUUUCGUUUCUCGUGUGUGUGUGUAGUAGUAGUUACGCUGCCCCCUAAAUACAAAUAUUUAACAAAAUAUAAUAAACGUAUUCAAACCUCAAUUAUAUUUUGCAAUAAAUGUGUAUCAAGUGCGACACAAUCUAAGCGGAUCUGCAAAAAAAAAAUAUACACGACAACGAAGCAAACCAGUAACCGAAGAAGAAAA